AAAUAAAUAUAAAGCAUGACCCUGAGGCGGAUAUGAAACAUCAUCCGGGUUAGCAACAGUUUUGUAGAAUGUUUUGCUGCAAUAUGUGGCGGUACUCUGAGAACGAAAUCAUUUUUAUUUGUUUUCAGAGAUGAUUUCUUUAAUCUGCAAUUGUUCUGUUAAAUUAUCGAUUCCAAAGAUGUCUGACAGGGUUAUUACUAAAACAUUUACCAGUUAUUACAUUUUCUAUACCAAGUUUUAAUUUUCUUAAAUUUGAUCUAUUAAAAAUAUUCCUAUAUUUUAUAUUAAAACAAGGUUAAGUUAAUUUUCUUUCUAAGAUAUUCCUUGAGAAAAUGUGAUUUCCGUUGUAUUUAAAUGUACUUUGCUAACGUGAACAAAGUUCUGCAGAAACAUGAGAGUUUGAUGGGUCAAAAGUUGAAAAUUAAGGUUUUUAUCAUCGAACUACUGAAGAUGACGAAGAUUCAUGAUCUAAAAUGUUAGAAAUAUAUUGUGAAUUUCAAAUGAUAUUUCCCUCUAACUGUGAUUUUUGUUUGUUUUUGUUACUUGAAGAUGAGGAAAAAAGAGUCCCGUCUAAAGAGGAUGGCAGGACCAAAGCGCUGAAGAGAAAGGCCUGCUCUGAUGAUGAUGAUGGAGAAACCAAGAAGAGGAAGGUUGAACCAUCUGAGCCUGCAGAGCCCAUGAAGCCCACCAGAUUAAAGACGAUGAAGAAUAAGAAAGACUUUCUGAAGAAACUGAGGAAGUUCAUCGAAAAGAGAACUUCUCUCAGUCGAACCAACACCUCCUCGGUCAAGACCAGCGAAGAUGACUUUGAAGCUAAAUACGAGCAGAUGGAGCAGUUGGGUGAAGGAGGCUUUGGAUGUGUUUUUGGCGGCUUCCGCAGAUCAGACAACCUGCAGGUGGCCAUCAAACGCAUCGGAAAAGGCUUCGGUCUAAAUACAGAGGUGGAUGAACACGGACAGUUAAUCUGCACGGAGGUGGCCGUCAUGCAGAAGCUGAAAGACCCACAGCUACAGUCUCCAGAUAAAGCCUCCCCCGUGGUUCUGCUGGACUGGUACGAUCUGAAGGAGGAGAUCGUCCUUGUAAUGGAGAGACCGAUCCCAGCCACAGACAUGAAAGUGUACCUGAAGAACAGAGGAGGCAUAGCAGAGGAAGAUGAAGUUAAGAUCAUCAUGAAACAGCUGAUCCAGACAGCUGUGGAUCUUGAGGAGAGGCACAUCUUCCAUCGGGACAUCAAAAUUCAAAAUGUCCUGAUUGAGACGAGCUCCAGUGUCCCGCGUGCUCGCCUCAUCGACUUUGGACUGAGCUGUUUCACCACGGAGACCUCCGUGUUCACAGACUUUGCAGGCACAUUGAGUAUUGCUGCCCCAGAGUCUAUGUUUGGCUCUGGCUACAGAGCAGAACCAACCACAGUGUGGCAGCUUGGAGUGGUUGGGUAUGAGGCUUUACAUGGAGUGGGCUUCAACACCAGGAUGUUCGGGAUGAAUAUGCUGAGGAUCAGCAAAGACCUGUCCCCGGACUGCCAGUGUUUUCUGAAAUCGUGUCUGAGGUCUUACCCUUCAUUCCGGCCCAAGCUGAAGGAGCUGCUGCAGCAUCCAUGGCUGAUAUAAUCUCACACACACACACACACACACACACACACACACACACACACACACACACACACACACACACACACACACACACACAUGCAUCCACAACAUAACAGUAACAUCUUAACAGAGCUUGACGAUGUGAACAAAAUAUCAACUCUCUGUGUUUUUGUCAUUUAUUCCAGCAGCUCUGCCAGCAAACCUAAAGAAACAUCUUCAUCAGGAAACCAAACAAGAGAACUUCAAAAGAAGGCGGGGUCACAUUUAGAUGAGCUAAGAAAUCCUCAGCACUACAAACCAUCAGUUCCUUAACUCUCUGCUGUCUUUGAUAAUAAUAUUCUGGAUCAAUGAACUGUGUUGUUGUCAUCUGUAGAUUCCACUAGUGCUGCCACAAAACCACAAGAAGAAGAAAACGAAUUAAAAAACAAAAACAAACCGCAAGACACAUCUUCAGCUGGGGACCAAACCAAAGAGCAUCAUGAGAGGGCGGGGUCACAUUUGGAUGAGGAAAGCACAUUAGUGAAACCAGGCGACUGGGUGUUCAUCAAAGUCCUAAAGAGGAAGAACUGGACCAGCCCAUCGUGGGAGGGACCAUACCAAGUCCUUCUAACCACACCCACAGCUAUCUGAACCCCCCAGCGGGAUACAUCUCAGUCACUGGACGUUGCAGCGUGCACCAAAGGCCUAAAGGAGGUUGUUGUGGUGAAGUCUGACUGCAAAGGGGUUCUGCCUUUUAGUGGCGGUUCGUCUCAAUAGUCAGUGAAGAAACCAACAGAACCCAGCAUCCAUUAGAACUUGGGUCCUUGAAGUGACUCUGCAACCUAGCAGCAUGGAAGGCCCACUGCUGGGAGACAGCAGCAGGUGGGUGCGGUGACUGUUGCAUGUCUCCACGUCCCCCUAACUGUCCCAGCGAUGGAAAACCAGGAGAAGGCGGUACCAACCUAGCCCACCAGUCAUUGGACCUUCAUGUAAAGACAAAAUCACCUCAAGGAUACCGCCCAAGAUCACUCCUACAGUACCAAGCUCUGAUGGCAACAGAAAUGCACACAAGGUGUUGCUUCAAGCCAGGAAGAUGCAGAGGAUCGCUCCUGAUGAAUACGGACAUGUCGCCAUGGUGACCCCUAAAGGAAUCAGCCUCAAGACAAAGAAGAGUUUAUGUCAUCAAUACAGAGUCCCCAGAUGCUGGGGGGAUUCCUUCUGCAGCUCCUUCAACCCCUCAGCUAUCGGUGGAAGGGCCAUCUCUCUUUGAAUUGCCUUUCCCGAGGGUUCUUCCUAAACUGGCCUCACAGGGAGUUUUACCUCGUCUUCAUUGAGAGCUUGGGUUGGGGGGCGGAGCGUGCACCAACCACACUGGGUUCUAAUUACAAUCGGGCAGCAGAAGUAAAGAGUACCCAUCACAUGUAUUAAUAGAUCAAUUUGGACUCCUUAAAUUAGAAAAUUAACUUUUAUUUUAUUUAACAUAUUUUACUAAAUUAACAGAUUAUAAACAGUGGGUAAUUCUAGUAUUCUAAUGCUAAUUUCUGCACAUAUUUUGUUAAUUUGUGGGCAAAAAUUGUUCAUUUGUACAUACACAAUUCCAAUUUGUGCACACAAAAUGCUAAAUAAUCGGCGCAAAAUCCUACCUUUGUGCAGAAAGUACUAAUUUGAGUACACAAAAUUUUAAUUUCUCUGAACAAAAUACUAAAUUGUAUUUAAAAAUGCUAAUUUAUAGGGAGAAAAUCUAAUUUAUGAGCAUAAAAUACUAAUUUGGGUGCACAAAAUCUUAUUUAUGUGUCCACACUACUAAUUUGUGUACACAAAUUUUAAUUUGUCCAAAUAAAAUACUAAAUUGUGUUUACAAAAUGCUCAUUUAUAGGGACAAAAUCUAAUUUAUGAGCAUUAAAUACCAAUGUUUUACCAAUGUAUUAAAAACACUAACUUGAUGCCGCAAACUAUUAAUUUAAGGAAACCUAAAGUGUCUCUGAAAACUAAAUGACGAGAACCAAACUAAAUUGACGUAAAAUCGUACAUCUAUGCUUCUGUUUUUUAACCAUCAGGAAUUUCUGUAGUAAAUAAAAAUGGGACUUUUUACUUCUUA